UGUUUAUCAUCAGCAAACAUCGCGCACGUUCGUCAUUUGGAGCAACGCGUCGGCUUGUAUCUGUACCGCGUAAUCUGGGCAACCUCUUUCAUUCUUUCCUCGCAACGAAACCCACAGCUGACGAAUCGCGUGCCGCGAACGACCUUCAAGGACUAUAACGAAAAAAGGACUAGAAGGAAGGAAAACGAUGGGGAAUUACUUGUCGGAUGAAUCUCUUCAAAGUCUCAAAAAAUACACGUAUAGAGGGGUCGACAAAUCUAUAUUGUCCAAAUACGCUAUGAACUCAUUCUGGACGUGGUUCGUUACACUGUUCCCGUUAUCUAUAGCACCUAAUACUAUAACGCUAUCCGGACUCUGUAUCGUGAUAUUCAACUUUUUCACGCUUCUGUACUACGACCCGAGUUAUUUGACGGAAAAAGGCGGGGUUUAUAUUCCUCAAUGGAUAUAUUUCACAUGGGGUAUCGGGUUGUUCUUGUACCAAGCCUUUGAUGCUGCUGAUGGGAAACAAGCGCGAAGAACUGGGAUGGCAGGACCUUUGGGAGAAAUGUUUGACCAUGGCUGUGAUGCUAUGAACACCACGCUUGAGGCAAUACUCGUCUCUCAAGCUCUCAAUCUCGGUCGGUCCUGGUGGACAUUAGCUUCCCAAGUAGCUACGUUGGCCAAUUUCUAUCUGACGACGUGGGAGGAGUAUCAUACCGGCUUCCUUUACCUCGGCGUCUUCUCCGGACCCGUAGAAGGAAUCUUGAUUCUCGUCGUUAUAUACAUGAUCACCGGCGUCUACGGUCCAUCCUUCUGGGACACCCCCAUUUUUGACUUCCUCCACCUCUCCCAUAUUCCCUUAAUCACAAGCACCUUCCCGAACAUCGGCCUAAACGUCUCUUUCAUGGUAUUCGGCGCGUUCGGAUUAGCGUUCAACAUCCUCAGCAGCUACGCUAACGUUCGUACUGCGAUGCGUGCUUCCGGGAAAUCAAGGACGAAACCCCUUCUCCUUUUACUGCCGUUCUUAUUCUCAGCUGGAAUCCAGGUGGCGUGGCUCAGUCAUCCCGAGCUCAGCAGCACCACUUCGCGACCGGGAGGUGGUGUUUUCAAAAUCCACUCACCCUCGUUCCUUCCUUCGAACUCCCCUACCCCGUCACUUUCCGGAGAACUAGAACUAUUCACCAUCCGCAAUUCCGCACUGUUCAUCCCGUUCCUCUGCGCGUGGGGCCUCCAAUUCGCUCAUCAAGUCGGGAGAAUGAUAUUAGCCCACCUCACGAAAACGUCGUUCCCAGUAUGGGACUGGUUAUGGGUCCUGAGUCUCGUUGGAGCCGUAGAUGCGAAUUUACCUAGGAUUGCUGGAACAUCCCCGAUAAUUCAAUCCACACCCCUCCUCACCACUCUCUACGUCUACACCACCUUUCUCAUCUCCUUCAUCGCCUAUGCGCGAUUUUGCGUUCUUGUGAUCGGUGAUAUCACGAACUUUAUGGGUAUCGCGUGUUUCACAGUCCGGAAGAAGGACAAGGAGGGGCAUUGGAGGAAUGUUACAGGAGAGGCUCCGGGAGCGGUUGAAGCGAGGAAGGGGAAGUGAGUUAGUGAGGAGGUUGGUUGUUAUUUUGUGAUCUAGUACGUAUUGUAUUCCUGUACCGUAGUGUGCUGUGUUGUUGAUUCCAGGUUCUUUCCAGAAAUGUUUCCGGCGACAUGAUGAUGUUACAUGAUAUCAUGAUAACAAGGAGUGUUGAGAAGGUGAUGGGG